GAUCAGCUGUACUCGGAGUACUAUCUUUAACGAGCGGUGGGGAUAAAUUGCCUUAACUCGCGCUUGUUUCCUGUUCCUUUCGACAAUUUUAGGGAAUGAGAGUGGCUUCUGCGUGCGUGUUGUGUUCAGUGCUGUAGGUUGGUCGCAAUAUCGCGUUUGUGUAUUCAGUGUUUCUGUUUAGUCCGAUGGUCGUUGCUAGUUCGCUGUUGUGUGUUAUUAAUUCAAUGUGUGCAAGAACGCGUUUGUGAUUUUUUUUUUUUUUCAUUUCCACCCCGAAGCAGCAUUUUUUUUUGCGGCUCGAAAAUUUUUUAAAAAUAAGUAAAUUGUGGCUAUUAUGUCCUCCUCCUCAUCCUCGAAUGCGAAGAGGUAUUGCUGUUCGCGUUUCGGUUUCGGGGCAUCGUCUUCUGAAUUCGGCGGCGUCGGUGGAUUUCUGUUCGGAAAUGCGGCUUCGUCGAGUUACAGGUGUGGUGGCCCGCGUAAUCCUGAUUCGUUGCUGGACAUUACGGCCAAAGUGGUCGCCGAAAAUAUACCAUUCCAACGGAUAGAAGAAAGAUACGACCGGAUACCAGAGCCUGUCCAAAGGAGGAUCAUAUAUUGGUCAUUCCCACGUAAUGAACGUGAUAUCUGUAUGUACUCGUCCUUAUCACGAGUACCAUCCAAUACCUCGUCCAGUACGGAGCAUCAGAAUCUAGCUUUUUACAAAGGAUUAAAAUUACUCGAGAAUAAUUGCGUCGAUAAUGUGCUGCAAGUUGGAUUCCAUCUUAGCGGGACAGUGUCCAGUCCUAGACCAAGUAGUCCAACUCAGCCACCGUACACGUCGACCGAACCAGAUAAAAAAUACAAAGUUUCUGUUAGUUUUGACAGGUGUAAAAUUACAUCGGUUACCUGCAGCUGUGACACUAAAGAUAUUUUCUGGUGUCGUCAUGUCGUCGCUUUGGCUCUGUAUCGUAUUAGAAACGCUGAUGCGGUCUGUUUGCGUGUGCCUAUUUCAGAAACACUAUUGCAAAUGGAUCGACAACAGUUGCAAAAGUUUGUUCAAUACUUGAUCUCAAAACACCACACCGAAGUGUUACCCACUGCUCAACAAUUAGCCGAUGAAAUUCUUCAACAGCGUUCCGAAAUUAAUCAAAUACCUGGCGCUCCGGAUCCUACGGCUGGAGCCAGCGCAGAUGACGAUCAUACGUGGCAUCUGGAUGAAGAACAGGUGUGCGAGCAAGUGAAGGUGUUUCUUUCGCAAAACAGUUAUUACAAUGCCAACAAACAACUCAACUCUUUGUUCGCUAAGGUCAGAGAAAUGUUGAGAGCGAGAGACUCGAACGGAGCCAGAAUGCUUACGCUUAUUACUGAACAGUUCCUAUCCGAUCCGAAACUUACAUUAUGGAAAUCGCAAGGUGCACCGAUGACUGAUAAAUGCAGACAACUCUGGGACCAACUAGGUGCUCUAUGGGUUUGCAUAGUGUUGAAUCCGGAUUGCAAUCCUCAAGAGAAACAGCACUGGAAAAUGUUGUUAGAAAAAUGGAGUCGUAUCGACGUAUGUCCGCAAGAAGAUCCAGAUUUCAGACAACCACCUCCGCCGCCUAGAAUAGAUAAUUACCAUCGCGGAAGCAACAACUACCAUUCUUCAGAUAGCAGCUCCGAGGAUGAGGAAGAAAACAACAGUAAUAGUUACCAUGGCAAUAGUAACAAUAAUAGCAGCAAUAACAAUGCUAGUAACAAUAACAGCAGCAGCAGUAGUACUAAUAACAAUAACAAUCGUUCGCCUCGAAGACAUCGUUCUUCAUGGUCUUACCAUGUCAGAGAGAGUAAACCCAGGACUAUUUUUCAUAGAGCUUUAGAUGCUGUUAACAUGACGUGGGAUAAUGUGCAUUUGAAAAAUAUUUUAAUGAGCGACACGUACUGUAGCCAUGUUCCCGAUACUACUCCGCAGAGCGGUAGUUUUAAUUCUCUUGGGCAGCCUUUAUGGCACGAACCAUUGCCCACUUGCGCAGCACGUAUCGACGCUCUUCGAUCUCAUGGCCACUACGAAGCAGCUUUACGAUUAGCUGUCGCAGUGGUCCGCACCAUGAAGUACAACCAAUUGAACGCUCAACGUAAAUGGCACGAGAGUCAGCAAUCUGGAUGUUCUUCGAGAUGCAGCGAAAAUAACCAUCGUAGUUCACCGCGUUAUCUGCCAUACAACGACCACCGUUCUAGCCCACACUGUCCGCCUAGAUGUUACGAUCCGCGUAUUCGAAGUCCUGGACCGAUUAGAGGAUCUGAUCAAGCUUGCACUUCGAGAUGCGGUUGUAGCGGCUAUGAUAAUCAUCAUCGUAGCAGUCCUCUGUGUAAUUCACGAUGCUACUGUAUGGAUUCGCAGAGUAGAAGUGGAAUGCCUUGUAGUCCUCGUUCCUAUGAUUCUUAUUCGAGGUAUUCUUCGUGUUCGCCGAGAUGUAAUUAUAACGAGGGAUACAAUUUGCGUUCACCUAUCAAUUGCAAUACAUAUCGAAGCAGUAGCUCUUUCGGUGAUUCUCAUAGAUCAAGCUUAGGAUGUUCUUCGAGAUGUAGUAGUAGCAGCAGCAGCUAUUAUGACAAUCAUCGAUCGUCUCCGUGUAGUAUUCGUUCUAGCAGUAAUCGUAAUAAUUGCGACUGUCGUAAUUCAUACUAUUCCAAGCAUUCGUCUUCGAGUACGAAUUGGACUGAUGGCUGGAUCGGACACCCGUUAGAUCCGGUUGGCUGUAUAUUCGAUACGUUGACCGAAGCUUCUCUAAUAUUAGAUGAUAAUAUUCCUCAUACACCUUCUUUUUUUGAUCCAUUAAAUGCGGACGAAACUACUAUUCGUAUCACUCCUAGAUAUCACCACGUGGCUGUAGUCGGUUCACGAGAUCGUACCGAAACGUAUCUAACAUUGGCUGUUGAAGUGGCUCUGAUGGCAUUAGGUCAACAACGAAUAAUGCCUCCGGGUCAUUACGCUCAGGAGAAAGCCUGCAAACAAGAAGAUAGACUGAUUUCCAGACUUCAAGAGAUGGAGAUGGAUAAUAGUUUGAUCGCUGUGCUGAGAAGACAAGCUAUCGUCUUGUUAGAAGGCGGACCAUCGAGUGGUCUUGGUAUUGGAAUUCAUCCGGAGAGUGUUCCGAUGCAUACCUUUGCCAAAUUCUUAUUCAUGGUCUUGCAUAAUUAUUAUCCGGAUCUAGCUUACGAAGUGGGCUUGAGAGCUAUGAGAUUACCUAUUUUGGAAGACCACGAAGACGCCGAUGAUCCAGUAAAUGGUAACGUGUCAUCGUUGGUUCUGAGCAGAUAUCCAAGAUGGUUCACUUUGGGACAUAUCGAAACACAGCAGUGUAAUCUAGCCAUUACUAUGAUGAGCGCUGCUAGAGGUGAAGUUAUGAGACUUAGAACGAUCCUGGAAUCGGCUCAAAGACAUAUUCAUAGUUCCUCGCUUUUAUUUAAAUUGGCUCAAGAAGCGUUUAGAUUCGCUACACCAGAAGCUGGCCCCAGGCAUCCUACUUUAUUGAACGUAGCUUUUGAACUGGGACUACAGGUGAUGAGAAUGACUGUGGUUUCACCAUUGAAUUGGAGACGUCGUGAAAUGGUCCGUUGGCUGGUAAGCUGCGCUACUGAAGUUGGAGUCGAAGCGUUGAUCUCAAUUAUGCAAAACUGGUAUCAGUUUUUCUCACCUACCGAAGCUACUGGACCAGUUGCUAGUACGAUUAUGUCUCACGCCACGAUUAUGAGGUUGAACUUAUCGUACGCUCAACAAGAAGAGCUAUCGGCUUGUGCUCGUGCUCUCGCGUUACAAUGCGCCACAAAGGAUCCACCUAAUUGUUCUUUGAACGCAUUGAAUCUGUGUGAGAACGAACCUAUGGCUCACGAAAGCGCAUAUCAAAUCGUAGUUCACGCAGCUCCGCAUAUUAUGACAUCAUCUCAACUAUUUACUAUCGCACGUUACAUGGAACAUCGUGGUUUUCCAACUCGUGCUUAUAAGCUAGCCAUACUUGCCAUGAAAAAUGUUCAUCUAGCGUACAAUCAGGAUACACAUCCCGCUAUCAACGAUAUCCAUUGGGCUUGCGCACUCUGCCAUUCGCUGGGGAAAUCCGAACUCAGCAGUAUGAUCCCAUUGGUGGUAAAAAACGUACAAUGUGCCACUGUCCUAUCGGAUAUUCUACGCAGAUGUUCGAUGACCCCGCCCGGUAUGUCUUGUCCGCAUCCGAGCAGCGAUAACGUCAAACACCAUCAUCAUCAUCACCACCAUCAUCACCAUCACAGUCAUCGUACCAGCAGCAUGGUGAAUCGUGGCAACGUCAAACCUCUGUCUUACGAUAGACCACCAUUGAAGCAGCUUUUGGAGGCAGCGGUCGCCGCCUACAUCAGCACAACGCAUUCCAGACUGAUGCAUAUUUCACCGCGACAUUACGGCGAUUUCAUCGAGUUCCUUGUUAAAGCUCGCGACACGUUUUUAUUAGCUCACGACGGACAUGUGCAGUUCGCUCAACUAGUCGAGAACAUGAAAUUGGUCUACAAAGGCAAGAAAAAAUUGAUGGUUUUGGUGAAAGAGAGAUUCGGCUGACUAGGGUAUUCGACAAUUCAGUCACAUAGGUGACCGAAUUGGCAUUAUUAGUAACCAUUUUUUUCUUUUUUCUUUUUUUUUACGUUUUUUGCAAUGAGACUGGUUUAUUUGUAUAUAAAUAAGUUUAUGUCUAGGAUCUUUUUUUCCUUCUCCAUUUUUUAAAAAAUGAAACUGUGUUUUAUUUAUUUUUGACUAUUAUGUUCGUCAUUAUGCCAAAAUAUUUAUGACUCCGAGAUGUACAUAUAAAUUGUACAGUGUGUACAUUGUGGAAGUAUAACUUUCAUGUAUUCCUAAGGUUUUUUUUUUAAUCGAAUUUUUUUUUCAAGUGGAUGUAACCCGGUGAAGCAUUUUUCGAUUUUUAAAGUGCAAUCGAAUGCGCAAAUUUUUCUCUCAUUAGUUUCUUUGUGAUAUAAUUUUUUUUUCAUUACGUUUUAAUUUUACUUUUAGUGUUUAUACAAUUUUUUUUAUUAGUCAUGUAUUUUUAAAACGUAUUUGAAGCAUUUAAAUCGUAUUACUAGUAAGUUAUUUUUUUUCCUUUUUUUGAUUUUUUUUUUAAAUGUAAAAUAUCAUCCAAGUGUAUAUUGCCUGUUUAAUUUUUCAUUUUACUUUUUUCCCCCGACGUUUUAACGAUGAAAAAUUGUGUAUAAUUCAAAGAGAUAUUACUGUCCAAGUUCUCGUUUUCUUUUUUUUUGUCUAGCCAAUAAGAUUUAUAAAAAAAAAUUUAUUCCUACCAUAUUUAUAUCAAUUUACGUUGAGUUAUUAGUGAAUAAGUGUAACUUUGUAACAUGCGUGUUUGUAUUUGCGUUUUUUCAAAAACAAUAUUAGAAAGGUCGUGAAUAACAUUCAAAAAAUUAUCGAAUUUGAGAUACCUAUCGAUCAAGUAGAAUUAUUAUAUUGUUUUUGCUGUUUUGAUUUUUGAAUGUUAUCGUGCCAUUUUUAAUUUUAUUGAACGCGUAGAAGCAAUUUUUUAUUGUGCUACCAUCAUCAACGAUCUGCAUUGAACAGCCAUCUUGAUUACAUUUGUUACCAGUUUUUAUUAUUAUAUUAUUUUUUUAUUUAUUUAGAAAAACAACAGUUAUUUUUUUUUUUUUGAUAAUUUAAGAGCUUCGAUAUUUUAUAGUAUUUAUUAUUUUUCUGUUCUGUUUUUAAAAGCUUUUAAUUAUUAUUGGGUUUUAAAAUUUUUUCAAAUCUGUUUGACGUUGAAAAUUUCUAUUUUAUUAUAUCCAAUCGUUUCGGAGUAAAAAUCUCAUUUUUUAAAAGUUUUUCAUUAUUUUGAUCAAAAUUUUAUUACAUGUUUGUUGAUGCAAAAAAUGCCAAAAUAUUCAGUAUCAUUAAUUUGAAGAUAUUUCUUUCAGAAUUUUGCAAAUUUUUCAAUCAUUUUUCAUCUCUGAUGUGAUUUUAUUUUAUCACAUGAUCAUUUUUUCCUCAAUCAUUCGUUUUAACUUUCAAUGAUUCAUUUUGAAAUGAUUUUAGAGCUUUGGAACAUUAGAUCUUUGACUAUAUAUACAUGGACUACUAUCUUCAUUGUUGCCGAUGAAGCCGAAGUAAUAGAGGUACUAGAUCGGGAGCAUCGGGAAUUUUCAUGCGCGCGCAGGAAUCCGAACCACCCUCGCACCUUCCAAUCACGAUGAACCACGGAGCGACGAACACCCUCCUACGUCCCAACGACCGCUACGCUCGUUGCAACGAAAUCUCGCGCAUGCUCAGAGCCCAUGUCCCGAUCUAGUACCUCUAUUGCUUUGGCUUCACGAUUCCCGUUCAACAACAAUAGGAGAUAGCAGUCCAUGUAUAUAUAGUCAAAGCAUUAGAUCAAGCAUGAAUUGAACAGAAAAGUAUUCUAUUCUCGUUGUAUGGGCUGAUUUUGUUUUAUUACACCUGUUUUUAAAUUAUUAUUUAUCCUUUUAAUUCAAAAUUUUUAAUUUGAGAAAGAAAUUUCCUGAUCUGAAAUUUGCUGAAAUUGAAAUUGAAAUUAUUCUCAUAUUCUUUCAGUUCACUGAUCCAAAACAUCAAAUUGAUAAGAAAGUCACAUUUUCCCGCAUUUUUUUCCUUUGUUUACAAAAAUGUUGUUUACAAAACACAAAAUGGCCGCCAUUGACGUUGGUUCCAGUGUUCGAUCGUGAUUUCCUAAUUCGUUGCGGGUUUAUUCUCUCAUUUCUUUCGGUUUAAUUGAUAUUGUGUUUUGUUGACUUAAUACAAAUUAUGAUUAUAAAACAAUCGUUCGUUAGUUCUCCAACCUACAUGUGUUUAUACGAAAGCUUCAGUCAUGCUUGAAUUUGUUUCCAAAGCUACGGUAUGUAACAAUUUUCUCUCGAUUUUAACUACCUCAUUGGCUAAAUAUCAUUUGAUAUCAUUACUACAUUGAAUAUAAACUUAAUUUGUAGUGAUCUCAUUUAAUUCUAAGCUUUAUGUUCUAUUAAUUUCAAUUAUUAAAUUCGAAUUUCAUUCGCGUGAUUGAAACAACACCACUAAAUUCACGUUGAAUCUUGAAUCAUCUCUUCGAAAUUUUUUCUACAUCGGUAAGGAGAAAAUUUCUCUUUAGCUAAAAUCAACGAACGGAAUUUCGUUAGUAGAUGAUUAUUUAAGCAUAUCGUGCAAUUAUUAUAUUGUUGAAUAUUAUUUUGAUGUUUUUGUUUUUUGAGUUUUUCUUUAUUUCGUUACAUUACUCGAUUUUUUAGUUGAAAUUUUUUUGCUUUUGUUUUAUUAGUUUUUUAUUUUACUACUCGCUGUGUUUUGUUUUAUUAUCAUUUCUUACUUUUUUCUUAUAAUCUUAUACUUUGAUCCUCGAAAAUCGAUAUGCGAAGGAAAACGCUCCUCCAUCGGACAGAACAUUGAACCGUGAAAUUGCACAAAUUACCGUUGAAUUACCAAGAUUAGUUUCUAAGUAUAUUGUAAGGUUUUAUUCGUGUAUAUUCUGUACUUAUUAAUAUAAUGAGACUUUUUACAAUACGUAUGAUUAUAUGUAUUCGUUGGACUAGUAAUAUCUUUUUACUUUUCUGUCAGUUUCAAUAACGUUGUCACUUUGUAAUAACUUUUUUUUUUUUUUGAAUAAAAUAAAGACUGCAAAUAAUUUAA